CUGAGCUGAAAGCUCGUGCACAGAGCUUGCAUCUCAGAAAGUGGCAAUUUCCAAAUGCCUGCUGUGUGUGCAGCCUGUGACAUGAGCUAAAGAAACACAGAAGGUUUCUUGGUUGCUGCUGUGAUGCCAAGCAGGUCCAGUGCCAAGCUUUAGCUGCUGUAUCCAGCACAGUGGAAUGUGGAUUUCGACUCGGCUCUAUUAUCUGAAGAAGGUAACUGCUCCAAGGAGCCUCUAGAAUUCACAAGUGGCCUUAUCAGAAGGAGGGGCAUUCAAAUUGCCUGCACUGCUAAGCCUACAGUCUCUGCAGACUGGAAAUUUUGCUGUUUCAUUGUCAUCAGUGUACAAUUGUGGUAUCCCUGUGCUCUAGCACUUUUUCCACUGGAAAAUGGAAAUGAAGAGAAAUACUGCAAAGUUGUUGUGGCUGCUGAUGUUCUUUUCUGAUAUUGUGCCAUUCAGCUGUGGGAAAUCAAUGAGAGAAAGAGCUAUUGAGCUGAUGCAAGAUGCACGUUUGAUCGAUGGCCACAAUGACUUUGCACUGCAGCUGAGAAUACUUUACCAAAAUAGACUCAGUAGAGUCAACCUGAGGGAACUCAACACGACCCACACAAACCUUGUGAAACUUCAGGCUGGUUAUGUGGGAGCUCAGUUUUGGUCAGUGUAUGUUCUUUGCAGCGCUCAGAACAAGGAUGCUGUGCGCCUGACCUUAGAGCAAAUCGAUGUUGUCAGGAGGAUGUGUAACAGCUAUGAAGAGCUGGAACUUGUGACAACUUCCCAAGGUAUCUCUGACAGCAGAAGGAUUGCAUGUUUGAUUGGAAUAGAGGGUGGCCACUCCAUUGACAGCAGCUUGGCAACACUGAGGAUGUACUAUGACUUGGGUGUUCGUUACAUGACUCUAACACACUCCUGCAACACUCCUUGGUCUGAAUCAUCAUCUAAAGGAAUACACAACUUUUAUCCUAGUGUUAUUGGUCUGACUGCAUUUGGCCAAGAAGUGGUAAAGGAGAUGAAUCGCCUGGGUAUGCUGAUAGAUUUAUCUCAUACCUCAUACUCCACUGUAAAGGCUGCACUCAAUAUCUCAAAAGCACCAGUAAUUUUCAGCCACUCGGCAGCAUUUUCUGUUUGUAAUCACUCAAGAAAUGUUCCUGAUGAUAUCCUCCAGCAACUGAAAAAGAACAAGGGAAUUAUCAUGGUCUCUUUCAAUGCAGAUGUACUGGCCUGUGGCAGAGAAGUUGUUAAUAUUUCUACCCUUGCAGAUCAUUUUGACCAUAUAAAGGAAAUUGCAGGCUCAGAAUCUAUAGGAAUUGGUGGUGACUAUGAUGGAGUGGAACGCUUUCCCAAGGGAUUGGAAGAUGUCUCUAAAUACCCUUCUUUGAUAGAGGAACUUCUUAGAAGAGGAUGGAAUGAAACUGAACUGAAAGGAGUCUUAAGGGAGAACUUUCUCCGUGUCUUCAAGGAAGUAGAAAAUGUGCGGAACACUUUUGGAGUAAUGGACGUAGGUGAAAGUGAAAUUCUGCAAGAAGUACAAAAUUCCUGUCGCCUAGAACUACGUAAGCCUCAGCCACUGCGAUCCACAUCCUUUGGAAUUCCUUCUGUGGCACCACCUUUUAGUCUGACACUUGUAUCAUGUUUAAUGCUGUAUUAUGUAUCAUAAGAUCUAUGGAGUCUCAGAGAGAGAUUUAUGGAAUACUCUGCAAUGCAACUACUUAUCUUUCUGUGAUUUGUUAAUUGAAAACUAUAAUACAUUUUAAACAUAAUUACUAUAAAUUCAUCUGCAUGCUUGAAAAAUCAUGUAAAUUAUAUAUGAUGUAGCAAAAGUGUUUAGAAUUUGAAGUGAUAAAUUCUGUAUGACCUUGGCUGGACCAGGACCAACAUUGUUAAUGGAAAAUAUUCACAUUUAAAGAAUAAAUUCUGCAAUACUUGAUGCAUGGUUUUGGUACCCACAUUGUGGAAUAAAUACUGGAGUCCAGAACCAGCAGUUCCACACAGGAGCUAGAGAUUACAAAUAAGACACCUGUGCCAAGUAGUUUUCAAAUAUUACUUCUUGUUAAAUCAUACAACUUCCAUCAAUAGUUGAAGGCUUACUCAGAGAAGACCAUCCCCUGCCAUAUGGAGAAGAGUGCUUUUUUGGUUUGCUUGGGGUUUUGCUUUGUUUUUUAAGAUGACAAGAUGAGUGACAAGCCUGUUCCAGUUUGAACUGCAUGCCUACAGCUAGCUUUAGAGACCAUCCUGCAGCACUAAACUCUUGUUUUUGAACCCUGACCAGGACAGUGGGCAACUGGACAAUUACUGAAGGGUGGAGGUAGAUCUCUUACAUUUAGGUGCAGGCAGCAUUGUAGGUCCUUUUCUAUAAUUUGAGGACAGUUGUUUGCAGCAUUUUCAUGAUGAUGGGAACAAGAACAACAAGAGGGUUGUGGAAAUCUUUUUGACAUUUAAACAAUUAUCCUUAUCAAUAACAUGUUUUAUUAUUUCAUUUUUAUUCUAGCUGGCUAAAAUCAGACCAUGGCCAGUGGAUUCACAGACAUGAGAUUAGACAGAGAUAUUUUUAUUAUAAAUCUGUUGUUUUGGCCUUUGGAAUAUGUUUUGAAAUACACGAGGUAUGCGGGGUUAGAAGCUCCUGUUGCAGAGAAGAGCAUAUAUUGACAUAGGCCUGCUCUUUGUAGGCUCAAACCAGACAUUUUAGUCAAAUAUACUGAGAUUUAUUAUGAAAUUAUAAGAUGGCAGCACCACAUCUUUGUAUGGUCAGUUCCCAGUGCUUGCUAGUAAAUGCUUUCCCAUGAUACUUGCUGUUAAUGGUGAUUUAUGAUACCAAUUUUUAUUUACUGAUAUGACAUCUACAGAAUUUAGCCUUAGUGUAGAAUAAAAGUCCUGUAAGUGAUCUCAGGAAAGCAUUUGUAAACACACAAAGUAUUUAACAAUUGAAAGAGAAGGCUGGGCAUGAACAGGAUGAAAAAACAGCACAUGAGCUUUUUUCUAGAGGAAUUUGAGACUGUUCCUAUCAUCCAUUUCUGCACUCUGUGUACAAGUAGGGUUUCUGGAAGGACCCUGUUCUUUUAUAGCUUCAAAGUUAAGCUUCAUUAAUUCUUUUGAUAAGAUGGUCUCCUUGAUAAAUAUAUUCUAAUUAUACUCCUGUACGUUACCAAAUUCUUUACCAAUCAUGUUGAACAAUCUAAUUGCACACAAGCCAAAUUUAAAAGAAUAGUUUCUCAAUAAAUACUGAUCCUCGAUAUGCAUGUAGAAAGGUGAAUUACUGAUUCAGAAGUCUGGCUCCUUGAUAUUGUUUGACUGUAAUGAGAACAUGUUUUACUGGUAAAAUGAUUAAUUCAAUAGGGCAAACAUUUAAUUCCCAUCAGUACUUCUUAUAAUAGGUUCACAAGCCAUUGGAAAACUGCCAUCCAUGGUCUCUUUUCUCAGAACUAGUGCUCUGAUAUUUGCUUCAUUACACAAAAUGUAAGAUGCUUCUUUAUUCCUUCCAGCUGCUUUCCUUAUACUGCGUUGUCACUAAAAAUAUAUAUUCCUUUUCUUAAAGAUACAUAAAACACUUUUCUAUGACUUCUUAUCUAUAAUGUAUUGCACUUGUUUGUUGACUGUUUGUGCAACGAGUAAUUUGUAACGUUGCGGCAAAACAGAGGCAUGAAAUUUCAAUAAAAUAUUGUUUAAAACUG